UUGAUGUUUUUUUGUAGAAGGCAAUAAACUGUUGUUUUACUCGUAUAAAGGCAAGCAAAUGUAUUGCAGAGUUUUUUUGUAUUUAAGCUACUGACAAAUCUGAUCUUCGACAAAAAAGUGGAAAUUUCGUGUGAAAAUUCAUAGUAUUUUUGAGGGUUGCUAAUCAGAUGGCAAUGGAGACUCCGAAGGUCUGGGUUCCAGAUCCUGUUGCAGGUUAUAAGUUAGGGAGAAUAAUUGACAUUGGAUCAGAAUCUGUUUCUGUGCAAUUAUUUAAUUCAAAUGAGGUGCGCACUGUUUCCUAUGACAGUACCUAUGCUGCUGAAGAACUGGAUGAUAAAGAUGUUGAUGAUAACUGCAGCUUAAUGCAUUUAAAUGAAGCUACUUUAUUGAACAAUAUUUGCCUUAGGUACAACAGAGAUCAAAUUUAUACUUAUGUUGCUAACAUUUUGAUUGCUGUUAACCCUUACUUUGAAAUAAAGAAUUUGUAUUCAUCAGAGACAAUUUCUAAGUAUCAAGGAAAGUCGCUUGGUGUCCUUUCUCCUCACAUAUUUGCCAUAGGAGACAAAGCAUUUCGUGAUAUGCGUGCCCUAAAAUCGAGUCAAUCUAUCAUUGUUAGUGGUGAGUCUGGAGCUGGGAAAACUGAGUCAACAAAAUAUAUCCUGAGAUAUUUAUGUGAAUCUUGGGGUUGUCAAGCAGGGUCCUUGAAAUAUAUUUUUCUUUCAGCAAAUCCUGUGUUAGAAGCAUUUGGUAAUGCAAAAACGAUGCGGAAUAAUAACAGUAGCCGAUUUGGAAAAUUUAUUGAAAUCCAUUUUAGCAACAAAUUUUCAGUUGUUGGUGGUUUCAUUAGUCAUUAUUUACUGGAAAAAAGUCGAAUUUGUUCUCAAAGUAGAGGGGAGAGAAAUUAUCAUAUAUUUUACCAGCUUUGCGCAGGUGCUCCUUCUGAGCUGAAAAGAAAACUGAAGCUUUCUAGUCCUGAUCAUUUUCAAUAUCUGAAUAAAGGAUGCACACAAUAUUUCACAUCUCAAGAAACUGCAAAGAUGUUAAGCAACUCAUCAAUUUCUGCUGAUCAGUCAGAAAAAGGCUCAUUGUAUGAUCCUAUAUUAGAUGAUGUUAAAAAUUUCAAAAGUUUAGAUAAAUCUUUAAGCAACAUGGGACUUAGUGAUUCUGAAAGACACGGCAUUUAUACAGUUGUUGCUGCUGUUUUACAUUUGGGAAAUGUAAGCUUUGAAGAUAAUCCUGAUGACUGCAAAGGAGGGUGUCGACUUGCUCCUGGUGCUGCUGAUGUGCUGCUCAUUGUUUCAGAUUUACUUGGUGUUGAUUCUCAGUACCUUCGACAAAGUUUACUGAGUAGGGUUAUGCAAACAAGUAAAGGAGGUGCUAAAGGAACAAUUUACAUGGUACCUUUGAAAGUGCAUGAAGCUCAAAAUGCUAGAGAUGCUUUAGCAAAAGCAAUGUAUUCACGCCUUUUCGAUUUCAUUGUGCAAUGUAUCAACAAAAGCAUUCCAUUUAGUUCAUCAUCUUAUUACAUUGGUGUACUGGAUAUUGCUGGCUUUGAAUACUUUCAAGUGAAUAGUUUUGAACAGUUUUGCAUCAACUACUGCAAUGAAAAACUGCAGCAAUUUUUUAAUGAACGGAUUUUAAAAGAAGAGCAAGCCUUGUAUGAAAAGGAAGGUUUAAAUGUAAGGAAAAUAGAUUAUAUUGAUAAUCAGGACUGCAUAGAGUUACUGGAAAAUAAAGGAAGUGGAAUUUUUGAUCUACUUGAUGAGGAAAGUAAACUUCCAAAAUCUAGUCAUACACACUUUACUAGUAAUGUUCAUAAUCAAAAUAGUAGCCAUUUUCGCUUAGAUGUUCCAAGAAAAUCAAAGCUCAAGUACCACAGAGAAAUCCGUGACAAUGAAGGGUUUUUAAUCCGACAUUUUGCUGGUGCGGUUUGUUAUGAAACAGUUUCUUUCAUUGAGAAAAAUAAUGAUGCAUUGCAUGCAUCAUUAGAAAGUGUUAUGUUGGAAGCUGAAAAUGUAUUUGUGCAAAAUUUAUUUAAAAAUGAAUCAACUGCUCGGCAGACAAGAGGGAAGUUGAACAUCAACAGUGUUGGAAGUAAAUUUCGAAGUCAAUUGCAGGAGUUGAUGGCAAAAUUACGAAAUACUGGUACACAUUUUGUACGCUGUAUUAAACCAAAUUUUAGAAUGGUGCAUCAUUGCUUUGAGGGAAAUCAGAUUCUCAUUCAACUGCGUUGUUCAGGGAUGACUUCUGUCUUAGAACUGAUGCAACAAGGAUAUCCUUCCCGUGCACAAUUUUCUGAUCUGUAUGAAAUGUAUAAACAGUAUUUGCCUCCUGAUCUUGCUCGUCUAGAUCCGCGCUUAUUUUGCAAGGCUUUGUUCAAGGCACUUGGGUUAAAUGAAAAUGAUUUCUGUUUUGGAUUGACUAAAGUCUUCUUCAGGCCUGGAAAAUUUGCUGAAUUUGAUCAAAUCAUGAAGUCGGAUCCAAAGAACUUGGCAUUUCUAGUUAAAAAAGUACAAAAAUGGCUAUUGGUGUCAAGGUGGAAGAAAGCAAUUUGGUGUGCUUUAUCUGUUAUAAAAUUAAAAAAUAAAAUCCUGUACCGUCAACAAAAGCUUAUUCUUAUUCAGAAGAAUUUCCGUAUGUGCAUUGCAAAACGUAAAUAUAAGCCAAGGUACUCAUGCAUUAUCAAAGUACGUAAAUUGUGUGACAGAUUGAAUUCAAUGUCAGAAGUAGUUGCUAUGCUGAAGAAAGAUAAGGAAAAAUCAUUUGCUGAAAUCAAGACUCUUGAAACUAAUAUGAAAAACUUCAUAAAGCAAAUCAAAGCGUCCAACAUGACAGCAACUGAUCUAGAAAAAAGAUACUCAGAGUUUGUAAAAGUUGUUGAUGAUUUAUUGGUUAACCUGCAAAGAAAGGUGGAGCAGCAAAAAAUUGCUGAAGAACAAGAGAGAAUACGAAAAAUACAAGAAGAAAUGGAAAAAGAAAGACUCAAAAAAGAAGCAGAGAAGCAAAAGAAGUUAGAGGAAGAAGAAAUGAAAAAAAGGAAAAUUGAACUAGAAGUCCAAAGGAAGUUUGAAGAAGAGUGUAAAAUCAAGGAAGAAGAGGAGAAUUCAAGGCAAAUGAAGGAUUAUCAUGCUGAAUUUCUUCAGAAAGAAGAGGAACUUUUAAAAAGACAGCAACAACUUCAUCAAGAACAUAGUGAUCAUGAGCUCGCUCUGCGUUUAGCUCAGGAUAUGAAUGGAAUACCUGAUGAAGUUGUGACUCCUCCUCCACUUCCAAGGUCUGCUUAUGUCUUGCAACAGCAGGAACAGCUUGCAUCCAAGAAAUAUGAUUUGUCUAAAUGGAAAUAUUCUGAUCUACGAGAUGCCAUAAAUACGUCUUGUGAUUUAGAAUUGUUGGAGGCUUGUCGAGAAGAGUUUCAUAGAAGGCUAAAAGUGUAUCAUUCCUGGAAAGUCAAAAACAUGCAAAAAUCUGGUAGUGCACAACUCAGAGUACCUGAAUCCUUAUUGCAGUCAGCCAGAAGUGUCCCACCUAUGCCUCCUAAACGUAGAUCAUCCCUUGCUAAUUCACCACACAGAUAUUUUCGGAUUCCAUUUGUAAGACCUAAUUGUGCACAAAAAGGAUGGUGGUAUGCACAUUUUAAUGGACAGUGGAUUGCCCGCCAGCUGGAACUUCAUCCUGAUAAACCUCCAAUACAUUUAAUUGCUGGUAAAGAUGAUAUGCAGAUGUGUGAAUUGAGUUUGGAUGAAACAGGGCUAACACAGAAAAGAGGCGCUGAAAUACUUGAAGAAGAAUUUAAUGCUGUUUGGAUAAAACAUGGCGGAAAUCUCUAAUCAAAAAGUAUAAUUAAGAAGUUUUAUGUUCACUCAGAGGCACAAGAGCAUAAUGCAGAAAGUAGCAUUAGAAGGUUGCACAUUACAAAAUGUGUUGAACAAAAGUAAAAUUGGUAUGAAACUGAAGACAGCAAGAAAGCCUUUAUCUAUCUCGAAUUUCUUUUUCUUUUUUUUUUAAACAAACGAUGUGUGAACUGUAUUUAGAAUAGCAAUAUUUUUUAACUAUAUCUAAUGACAAACUGGUGUUAUUUUUACCAAAAGUAUGUGUGGUAUCAUAGUCUAGAUUUUAUAUAAUUAAUUGACAUGCUUUACAGGAAGUUUUAAGUUCCUCUAUAUGUGUUUUGUAAAUUAGAUUUUUUUUAAUGAUUUUAAGUUUUGUAUUUAAAGACUUGUCUAUUAUCAUAAAUGUUGAUUUCAAUUAUUAAAUAAGUUACAUAUGUUUCAAUUCUAAUUUGUUAACCUUUACUUAAAUAAUUAUUUGUUUGUAAACUGCCAACAUAAUUUUAAAGAAAUAUGUAUGUAUAUUAAUAUUGCAAGUGUGGAUUGGUGCCAGAUCUUCGUUCUGUUACCCCUUUGAAGAAGUAGAUUUCCUUUUCACGUGAAAUUGUUAAGGACUCAGUAUUUAAUUAUUCGUCAUUGGUGUUCUGAUACUGACAAGUUUACAUAUAUAUAAGAAGUUAAAGUUAUUCUAACUUAAAAGUGCAACAAAAAAUUUGAGGGAAAAUAAUCCUAGUUUUCUGCUGAUUAUUCAUAGCUACAUAAAGGUCAAGAAAAAUGGUAUGUAUGAAAUUAAAAAGGAGUAUUACAGAAUCUUCAAAUUAUUUAAAUUGUGCUUCUUCUUAUUUUUAAUUACUGUCUGUAAAAUGCUAAAAAGAUGUUAUGUAUUUUUGCUAAAACAUGAAAGAAACGUGUUGUUGAAGGGAAAGCUGCAAGUUGACUUUUUUUUUUAAACAAAUUACCUACAAAUAUUUUUAUUGAAAAUGGCUCUUGUGUAAAUAUGACUAGUCGGUUUCCUCUUUUUAUGUGUUCAGCAUUUUUUUUUUUAAUAUUAUUAUUUUUUUUAAUUUUAUUAUUACUAUUUAAAUUUAUUUAUUUACCCCCUCUAUCUUUUUGGUAUUUUCUCCUUUAAUUGGUUUGGGCAGCUACUCUCUAUGCCUUUUUUUAUGAAUAAAUAUAUU